AAAACCUCUGGAGAGCUCAAGCUCAAUUCAUUGCAAGGUAGACCUUACACCGAAAGCUGUAAAGCCAUUUUUGAUAACGUUCAGACUCGGUUGUAGUUCAAUCAACGCUGAAACCCUCCCAAACGGAUCCUUAAUAGUUCCUUCAAAUCGGCUCAACCAAUGCAGCAUUGCAGCUCAAGCAAAGCGUUCGGCUAAUCUGAAUUACUCAGACUUGCCUCCUCUACUCACCCUACUGUUUGGAGUGGCAUAGCAAUGAUUUUAGCAAGGAGGACGGGGCAUUUGGUAAAUUCGCGUUACCCUAAUUUCUUCCUCUAAAAUGUAAAAAGCUCUCUCGCCAUUCCCGUUUUACUUCCCUGAUACUCCGGGGAGAGAGUUGCUUUCUCGGCGACCCUCACAGGAGUUCUGAAUUGGAGCUGCUUAUGCUAUUCGAACUUCACUCCUUGCAAAAAGGCAUUCGAACCUUUUGAUGGAGGACAUACAAGACAGACAGACAACAACAUAAAGAAAACCACAGCAAAUCAUAUCCGCAGUACCACAUUGUGUACAAAAAUGGCAGAUGGAUCACAAUAUCCACCCUUGUUUCAGAAAAUACAUAGACAAUCUUACCUAUUUUCUAGUCUCUCCCCCAACUUGCAUGCUAGGCAUUUUGCAACCUAUAAUCUAUCUGGUGCUUAUAUGAAUGGGGGCCUUCAGAGCUCUCAUCUGUCAGCAUGCCGAGGCAGCAACAUGCCUUUAUCCCCUGUUUUUGUGCAAGCACCAUCAGAGAAAGGAUUUGGUGGAUUUGUUAUUGAUUUUCUCAUGGGAGGAGUUUCUGCUGCUGUUUCCAAAACAGCAGCUGCUCCAAUUGAGCGUGUGAAGCUCUUAAUACAGAACCAGGAUGAGAUGAUCAAGGCUGGCCGGCUGUCUGAACCCUACAAGGGUAUCACUGACUGUUUUGGAAGAACAAUCAAGGAUGAAGGCUUCAUUUCCUUAUGGAGAGGCAAUACUGCCAAUGUCCUUAGAUACUUUCCCACACAGGCCUUGAACUUUGCUUUCAAGGAUUACUUCAAGAGAAUGUUCAACUUUAAGAAAGACAGAGAUGGCUACUGGAAAUGGUUUGCUGGGAACCUGGCAUCAGGAGGUGCAGCUGGUGCUUCAUCUCUUCUGUUUGUCUAUUCCCUUGAUUAUGCUCGAACACGUCUGGCCAAUGAUGCCAAAGCUGCCAAGAAGGGUGGUGAAAGGCAGUUCAAUGGAUUGAUUGAUGUGUACAGGAAAACCAUCAAAUCUGAUGGGGUUGCUGGGCUCUACCGUGGAUUUAACAUCUCAUGUGUUGGGAUUAUUGUAUAUCGUGGACUCUAUUUUGGGAUGUAUGAUUCUCUUAAACCGGUGGUGUUGACCGGUUCAUUGCAGGAUAGUUUCUUGGCAAGUUUCCUAUUGGGAUGGGGGAUUACAAUAGGUGCUGGGUUGGCAUCUUACCCAAUUGAUACUGUCCGCAGAAGGAUGAUGAUGACCUCAGGAGAAGCAGUUAAAUACAGGAGCUCAUUAGAUGCAUUUUCUCAGAUUCUUAAGAAUGAAGGUGCAAAGUCCCUCUUCAAGGGAGCAGGUGCAAACAUCCUGCGAGCAGUUGCUGGUGCUGGUGUGUUGGCUGGUUAUGACAAGCUACAACUGCUUUUAUUUGGGAAGAAGUAUGGAUCUGGUGGCGGUGGCUAGCUUUGUCACUAUUGUGUGGUUCUAGUCAUGGUGGGUUGAUUAUGACGAUGAAGUUUGGUCCUAAUUAGUUUGUUUCUUCCCCCAUUUUCAAAGAUUAGAAUAGAACAGUUUGUUUUCUUUUUCUUUUUUUUUUUUUUUUUGCUUUCUUAAAACAACAAAGAUCUUUAAUAUUUCCCACUUUUAGAGAGUGAGAUACUAGUUAGAGUACUUAAUUAGGUGCUUGAAUAUAGAAAUUGUAGCUUGUAUCUGAGAUGCAGAUUCCUAGUUGUCAUGUGUGUAUUUUUAUCUUGGCAGAGAAAGCUACUGUCCCAGCAAAUGUUGUAUUUGGCUGUUUCUUUUCUGUUGGAAAUAUACUACUGGCAACCUACAUGCAGAUAUGCUCAUAUUUCUUUCUGUU